UCAACUUGCUUUUUGUGGGUAAAUGUCAUCGCGUCUUUGUGAUCGUAAAUCGUAAUUUUCGCAAUCUUUUUCUUGAAUCGUGUUAUUUAUUUUGCUGGAGGAGGAACUAAUUAUAAGAUAACAUAAUGUUUAUUUCUUAAAACGCUAUUGCGUAGAGUUAAAAGUUCUGUUUACAUAUGGAAUCAGCAAGGAAAAGUGUUGAAAUGGAUAUUGCCUCCAAUAGUCAGACGGAAUCUCAAAAAGCGGGGGAAAAUGCCGACAAAAAUAAAAACAAACAAGUGAGCGAGUCACAGGGGCAUUGUUAUUGUGGCAAAGAUCGGAAUCUCAAUAUUGUAGAAUUAUUAUGUGCUUCGUGCAAUAGAUGGUACCAUGAGUCGUGUAUUGGUUACCAGUUGGGCAAACUGGUGCCUUUCAUGACCAAUUAUCUUUUCAUAUGCAAGAACUGUUCACAAACCGGUUUAGAGACAUAUAAGAAGAACCAAGCUACAUUCCCUCAAAUGUGUCUCACUGCCAUUGCAAACUUGAAACAGGAAAGUUCCAAGGACGGCAGCACCAAGACCAUGUUUAGCAAGGAUAGAGACAUCAUCCCCUACAUAGACCAGUACUGGGAAGCUAUGACUACUAUGCCUCGAAGGGUCACCCAAUCGUGGUAUGCAACAGUCCAGCGAGCGCUGAUAAAGGACAUUCACGUACUCUUCACAUACGAGGAAGACGCAAACCAUGGCCCAAUGUUUGGACUAUUCAACUCUGAGCUGACUUGCAUCAAGCCUAACUACGAAGCCAUGAUCAAGCAAGGGCAACUGAAGGUCACUGAUAUGGGGAUAGCUACUGUCCCACUAGGCGGAAACGUGAAAGGGCGCCAAGGCAAGCGGCGCCCAGCGGUGGGCGUUGAGACGAGCGCCCCCGUGGGCAAGAAGGGGCGCUCAGCGGACGUGGGCGCGCUCAAGUUACCCUCGCACGGCUACCCGACCGAGCACCCCUUCAACAAGGACGGGUACCGGUACAUACUGGCUGAACCCGACCCUCAUGCACCAUUUCGACAGGAGUUUGACGAAAGCAACGAAUGGAGCGGCAAGCCCAUCCCGGGCUGGCUGUACCGCUCGCUGUGCCCCGGCAUAGUGCUGCUGGCGCUGCAUGACCGCGCGCCGCAGCUCAAGAUCGCGGAGGACCGGCUCGCGGUCACCGGCGAGAAGGGCUACUGCAUGGUGCGCGCCACGCACGGAGUGUCUCGCGGCACGUGGUACUGGGAGGCGACGGUGGAGGAGAUGCCCGAGGGCGCGGCCACGCGGCUGGGCUGGGGGCGGCGCUACGCCAACCUGCAGGCGCCGCUGGGCUACGACAAGUUCGGCUACUCUUGGCGCAGUCGGAAGGGGACCAGGUUCCACGAGUCUCGCGGCAAGCACUACAGCGCGGGCUACGGCGAAGGCGACACGCUGGGCUUCCUCGUGGUGCUGCCCGACAGCGCCAGCACCAAGUACACGCCCAACACGUACAAGGACCGGCCGCUGGUGAAGUUCAAGAGCCACCUGUACUACGAGGACAAGGACAACAUCCAGGAGUCGCUCAACAACCUGAAGCUGCUGCCCGGGAGCCAGAUACUGUACUUCAAGAACGGCGUCUGCCAGGGCGCCGCCUUUACAGACGUCUAUCAAGGCUGCUACUACCCGACGGUGUCUCUGCACCGCAACAGCACCGUGAGCGUCAACUUCGGGCCCAACUUCAAGUUCCCGCCGCCCGCCGACUACAACUACCGCCCGAUGUCGGAGAAGGCCGAAGAGGCCAUUUGCGAGCAGACGAUGGCGGACCUGCUGUUCCUUUCUGAAAACGAGGGCAAACUGCGACUUGACACGUUCAACCUCUGAUACAACUAACACCGGCUCGCGUCUGAUCUCGUGCGGACUGAGGACAGCGGCCGGUGUUGUGCGCAGAGCGCGCCAGUGUGAGGAGUUACACCCCUGAUACAACUGACACCGGCUCGCGUCUGAUCUCGUGCGGACUGAGGACAGCGGCCGGUGUUGUGCGCAGAGCGCGCCAGUGUGAGGAGUUACACCCCUGAUACAACUGACACCGGCUCGCGUCUGAUCUCGUGCGGACUGAGGACAGCGGCCGGUGUUGUGCGCAGAGCGCGCCAGUGUGAGGAGUUACACCCCUGAUACAACUGACACCGGCUCGCGUCUGAUCUCGUGCGGACUGAGGACAAUGGCCGGUGUUGUGCGCAGAGCGCGCCAGUGUGAGGAGUUACACCUCUGAUACAACUAACACCGGCUCGCGUCUGAUCUCGUGCGGACUGAGGACAGCGGCCGGUGUUGUGCGCAGAGCGCGCCAGUGUGAGGAGUUACACCCCUGAUACAACUGACACCGGCUCGCGUCUGAUCUCGUGCGGACUGAGGACAGCGGCCGGUGUUGUGCGCAGAGCGCGCCAGUGUGAGGAGUUACACCCCUGAUACAACUGACACCGGCUCGCGUCUGAUCUCGUGCGGACUGAGGACAGCGGCCGGUGUUGUGCGCAGAGCGCGCCAGUGUGAGGAGUUACACCCCUUAUACAACUGACACCGGCUCGCGUCUGAUCUCGUGCGGACUGAGGACAAUGGCCGGUGUUGUGCGCAGAGCGCGCCAGUGUGAGGAGUUACACCCCUGAUACAACUGACACCGGCUCGCGUCUGAUCUCGUGCGGACUGAGGACAAUGGCCGGUGUUGUGCGCAGAGCGCGCCAGUGUGAGGAGUUACACCCCUGAUACAACUGACACCGGCUCGCGUCUGAUCUCGUGCGGACUGAAGACAAUGGCCGGUGUUGUGCGCAGAGCGCGCCAGUGUGAGGAGUUACACCCAUGAUACAACUGACACCGGCUCGCGUCUGAUCUCGUGCGGACUGAGGACAGCGGCCGGUGUUGUGCGCAGAGCGCGCCAGUGUGAGGAGUUACACCCCUCAUACAACUGACACCGGCUCGCGUCUAAUCUCGUGCGGACUGAGGACAAUGGCCGGUGUUGUGCGCAGAGCGCGCCAGUGUGAGGAGUUACACCCCUGAUACAACUGACACCGGCUCGCGUCUGAUCUCGUGCGGACUGAGGACAGCGGCCGGUGUUGUGCGCAGAGCGCGCCAGUGUGAGGAGUUACACCCCUCAUACAACUGACACCGGCUCGCGUCUGAUCUCGUGCGGACUGAGGACAGCGGCCGGUGUUGUGCGCAGAGCGCGCCAGUGUGAGGAGUUACACCCCUGAUACAACUGACACCGGCUCGCGUCUGAUCUCGUGCGGACUGAGGACAGCGGCCGGGGUUGUGCGCAGAGCGCGCCAGUGUGAGGAGUUACACCCCUGAUACAACUGACACCGGCUCGCGUCUGAUCUCGUGCGGACUGAGGACAGCGGCCGGUGUUGUGCGCAGAGCGCGCCAGUGUGAGGAGUUACACCCCUGAUACAACUGACACCGGCUCGCGUCUGAUCUCGUGCGGACUGAGGACAGAGGCCGGUGUUACUUCUGAUACAAUAAUAAUAAUAAAUUAAUUAAUACUGGCUCGUGCUGUCUUAUCUUGUGCGGACUGAGGACAUUGACUGGUGUUAAAUGAGUGGAUUAAAAAAGUAGUUUUAGAUUUAGUUAUUCAUAGGGUUUAACUGACACAGCUAAAGUAAAUCAUGUGUAGGAAACAUAACCUGAUAUUGCAGAUGUAUCUAAAAAUCUUGUUUUAUAUAAUUAUGUACCUGGUGUACAUAAAGAUGUUCACGUAUAAGGAUUUUAAGAGAAAGAUUAUGUAUAAGAAAAAUAAAAUAAAUAAGUAUUAAUAAAGGCCGAUACACAUUAGUCGCACUCCUGGUUUUGAAUAGUCCAUGGGAAAUACAACAAGUUACACACAGUACAUUAUACAACUAUGUGGGACACAAAAUGUACCUCUCAUAAAAAAAUGGACUAUUUCCUUUUUUUUUAUGAGACCUAGUGAUGAUGAUUUCUAAUUGUGACUACAUUUUUAUUGAAUCUCUGGCAUGGGAUAGCUGCUUCUUUGCCACCCUUGGGCGUAAGGCGUAUUCUUCGUGUUUUAUUUUUUAUGCAAUGUGAAGCUUGUAUGUGUCGGUCUUAAAAGAUCUAGUAUUGUGUUUUACAAGAUUUAAAAUUAUGUGUUGUGUACAGGUAGUGUUAAGUAAAUAAAAAUAUAUUCAAACAGA